AUGGCGCCAGGCAAGGCAAACGUCGACAAGAGCACGACGAUUCGCGCGGCGUCCAAGAGCAAGCAGCGGGCGCAACCCUCGAAUCGUGGUGCAGCGAGUCCCUUUGGCUCCUCCGCUGGCGGCUCACUCGCCGACUCGCUAUCGUCACUCUUCUCUCCACAGCCACACGGCAAGGAUGCUGCGCUUGCAUCGCUGCUAGCUUCGACCUCGAAACCACCGACGGCUUCCGGGCCCAAGUCUGGCCUGUCUGCUUUCGGAUCCUUCCCGACAGGCCAGUCCUCUGCCUCGUCAAAGCCUCCUUCGGCGGCCCCGUCGCAGCUGCUCGAUCAAAAAAGCAAGUCCAAGCAGAGCGAACCAAAGGUCAAAGAAUCUGCAUCGUCUGCCAAGCAGCCAAAGGAGAGCAGCAAGGAUGCGCAGCCACGUCCCGGCGCUGAUCAGCUGCCCAGCAAGCCAAUCGCAUCAACCCAAGCUUCCACGUCCAAACCUGCAUCCUCCAGCGUCAUCUCGUCCCCCAAGCCGACAAUAGCACAAGUGCCGGCAGGGCGCCGACCCGUGUUUCGACCUGUUCUGGCCAGCUCGACGGCCGUCACGUGGCCCGAGAUGCCGGUGGCGGGAUCCAAGACGGUGCUGCACACACUGCUCGAGACGCUCGCUUCUCCCGAAGUGAAGCAGGCCGUGCUCAAGGACCUCGGGCGGAAGUCUUCCGCUCGUUCACUGCAACCAAAGCGCCAGCUCCAAGUCACGAGCUCAGCGCCGUCCGUCUCGGCGGCUCCGCAGGUGCUGGCGGGCAUCAACAGUAUCACGCGCGCUCUGGAGGCCGAGAUCCACACUGAGCUUUCAUCCCUGCAAGCUUCAGCCGCGGAUGGCGCCAAACAGAAGGUAAAGAGCGCUGCGCUCGUGCCGCAGAUCGAGAUCGUCUUUGUCUGUCGACACGACGCCGCAUCGUCGACGCUCGUUGCGCAUCUACCGAUGCUCGUCGCUGCUCGCAAUGCCGUUUCGGCUUCCCUCACCGCUGACGACUCGGUCAAAACCAGAGGUACGCUUCUGUUUGCGCUGCCUUCUGCAUCCGAAGCAUUGCUCGCUCGCGCGCUCGGGCUGCGUCGUGCAUCCGUGGUUGCUCUUACUUCUGCAUUUUCUGCGACACAUCUCAGGCGUCUCCUUGAUGCUGUGCAGCGCGAGACUGGCAGCGUGUGUCGGUUGCGUGCCGCGUGGCUCGAAACGGCCCUUCGGGCAGCAAAGGGGUCCGAACGAGGUCCACUCGCAUUGCCACAGCUGCCACCAACGGUCAAGCUGCUCCGCACGACGCAGCCGCUCGAUCUCAACGCUUCCAAGGCCGCCAACAAGUCGCGCAGGAAGGAACGCUCGGCGCGCUGGAAGAAACGCAAGAUGCAGCUCCAGCAGUCCAUCCGAUCCCUCCGUGCCGAACUCAAACACGCAGCAAAGGCAAAGCGUCAGGCCAAAAGGGCGAGCCAGUUGUCGACCGAUUCGCCCAUGCAAAUCGACGCUUGA